AUAGAAGAGAAGAGUGAAGUUGUUUUUCGUCCGGGACUCCAAUACGUUAGAUGGCAGUAUUUUACCCGAGUCGCCAAUUGCCACCCACUGUAAAGAGGAAGAAGAGACGUGCGCGGUGUUCAAAUGUUUUUCCGGCGGUCCUCUGUUUCAGUCGUACAAGCGAAUAUGUCAUCCCCACCAAAAAGUACGGCGAGAACCCCCGUCAAUAAAAGUAGGACCCGACAGUCUUACCAGAACAUGACUGCAGCUUCGCGUCUCUUCCUGACGAGGGAGCUGACGUCCCAACGGCUCAGCGCCAGGAGAAAAAUACCAAAGUCAGACAAUAUUCUGGACAAAAUGGACCCUCAGCAGUUGUCCUUACUGAUGGGGACAGAAUGGCAGCUGUCCUUCGUCACGCCCAUGUACCAAUUCCGUUACACCCAGUUGAAAAGCUACGCCCGGCAACUCUCAGCGUUCAUGGCAGCGGAAACGCAGCGAGGUCUGGCACUGGAGGUGGGAGGAACGCUCGGCUUCAGGGUCUCCUUCUCGGUAGUCCGGGGUCUGGUUGGGACAGAUGAUGAUGCGGAGGCCGUCUUCAUACAGAUCGCCGCUCAGAACGCAUUCGGCAGAGCGGACGAGCAGGACAAGACGGCGUGGAAAGGCUGGCUGGCCUGCGUCAACGGCAAUGCCGACUACCCGAGAUCGCUCCCCAAAGAUUUCGUCUGUCUACCGCUCUUCGCCUGCAGUGGGAAGGAGGCCCUCACCGCUUUGGUGAAAUCCUGGUUCCAGCAGACCUUUGACUGCUGCUUGGGCUCCUUGGAGCUCAGCCACACCAGCUUGCAGUGGUUGCUGGCGUUGUGGACAGAGUGCCGUGUCGAGUCCAAAGCCAAGGAUCUGAAAAUGGUUUGGACACUUCCGGCGAAGCCGGCGCUUAGGGUGACCUACUCCGUGGACCCCGAGGACGCAUGGGAGCUUUGGAGCAGUGUGAGAACCUCGGUGGGGGAGACCGACGAACGCGAGAUCGAUUGGGAGGAGGUGAGGAGGCUCACCAAAGCACUGACGGGACACUUCUACCGAUACUUCCGAAUGGAUCUUUCGGCCGGGAAUCUCAGCCACCUGUCCACCACGAUGGGCGCGGCUAAACACGAAGGCAGAAUCAAGAUUUCCAACAGUAGAUGCUUGAGCGCGACGCUAACACUGCUGACAGAGUGCGCCCUCCUCAAAAUGCCCAUUUGAAAGACAUCCAGUAUUUAAUUUAGUUGCUUACCAGUUGCUUUAAAAAAGCAGUUUUUACAUUUACCGCACUGUAACUUUAUUAAUAUUUACGACCCUCAAACUGAACACGUUGAUAAUUUCAUAAUAAACCUUCUUUCUUGAGUUAUCCCAAAA